AUGGAUUUAUGAAUAAAUUUGAGAUUAAUGUGCUUUGUAUGUUUCCAAAAUAAGAAUUUUGUUGCUAAUAAAGAAGCAUGCUUACAAAAAACUAUAUUAAUUUCUAUUAUAACUUUCGUGAGACAUUCUAAAUUAUAUAGACACGCGACUCGGCGACUGUCGCGUUGCUACUGGCUACACCCGCAACAGUGCAGUCUGACGCAGAUUUCAGACUCGGCUUCCAGGCAGGUGGUAAUGCCUAGUCGAGUAUCUCGUCAAAUUAUUACGUGAGUAAGCCGAAAACAUAAUAAAUAACACUAUUAUUAUAC